CCGCUCAAGUGCCAUUUUUCUGCGCGUGUGCAAAAGCGUGUGGAAAGCGCAACACUGUGUCAAUAGUCGUACAGCUGUUGAUUUGUCUUGUCAUCAAUUUGCUUUCUUGUUGUGCGGUCUCUGUUUAAUGAGAUUGCUCAUCCUGUUUAAUCGCGAACAAACGAAGUUAGUCAGCUUAUAAUAACGAACGUUCCCACACAGCAAGAGCAGAGGACAUCGUCUCUACGACCUGACUCAUUCCAAUUUUUCACUCCACGCCUCAAGAUCUUCAUUAAACGAAAGUGCUUCCACAAGUUAACGAAGAAUGGCGAGCAUGGAUUAUGGAUCUCUUGAUUAUCGUCCUCUGCCUGAAUAUCCGACACCUUUUUAUCCGCGUUUUAAAAGCGGUUCUCGAGCAGAUCACCAGCUGCCUGCACGUUGUCAUGUUAUUUACCCAGGUCUUUCUGCAUUCAAACAACCAUCUUCACAGGUUAGAACAUUGUUACCUUAUCCUAAAUAUUCUCCAUAUUAUCCCUUGAUUGGCGCAGUUCUUGAUGGCGAACCUUCAGCUUUUAGAUCCGCUCAUAAACCUACAGGAAAAUCUGCAUUUGAACCAACACAAACUGGUCAUGCAACAAACCAGCUCUUUUUCAAUGAUCGUCGUGUUUGUACGUGCAAUUGUACAUUACCAUCCCAACGUUCAUCCACCAAGCACCCUGUGUGUACCCCAGAGUACUACAGCUGGCUCAUCCCGUCCGACAGAUACUCUCACUCGUCCGACGACCUUCCGAUCGGUUUCCGUUUAUCAUCGCUCUCCACUCGUCCCUAUCCGAUACUCUCCCGACGACUCGACGAAAGCGACAAGCGACCAGCUCCGAAGCGUUUCCAGUGUCCUCAUUGUGAGAAAUCAUUCGGCAAGUCCUCGCAUCUUCGCGACCAUAUCCGAACACACACCGGAGAUCGUCCGUACAGGUGCGAAUACUGCGAUAAAGCAUUCACUCAAUAUUCGAACUUGCGUACCCAUACGAGAAUUCAUACCGGGGAAAGGCCAUAUCGCUGCACACAUUGCAGUAAAAGUUUCACUCAAGCGGUGACUUUACGAAGCCAUACGAGAACUCACCUCGGGGAAAAGACCUACAACUGUAAACAGUGUCCCAAAUCGUUUGCCUGCUUUUCGGGUUUAAAGGGCCACAUUCGGGUGCAUGAAGGCUCGCAAGAGUCAAGCUGUGAUACAGACCGUAAACUAAAUAUUAAACAAGAGGUUACGGAAGAUGACGUCUGAAUCAUGAAGGCGAUGAAGUCUGAAUAAUGAAGGCGAUGAAGUCAAAUAAUAACUGAGAUUAUUUGUUAAUAUUUCCAACAAGAACUGUAAAUAGUUGUACACUUUUGUGAAUAAAUCCUAUUUAAAUAAACGUUUCUAUAUCUAUU